UCUUCCGUGACGGUCACUCCCUCGAACGUCAACCUCAGCGACCCCUACCCUGGACCGCAGCCUCCGCCAGCGGAAGAAAAGUCUAGUCGCAUACCAGUGACGCCUGCUGUCCUGCGCUCAAUCUUCGCCUCCUCGAGGACAACUCAUGAAGAGCGCUCCCUUUCGCGCGUGGCAUUCUUCAGGUUCACGGGUUUCUUGCUCAGCUGCGUGCUAAUAAGUUUGGCUGCUGCUCGUGGUCGCGGGAUCACAAAAUCA